AUGAAGUUGAUGGAAGGCAGGUCUGUGCUGUGUGCUGGUGGACUGCGGCUGCACUGGAGCCGGCUGGCCUGGAAACCAGUGAGCUCAUUCUGGCUGCAUGGAGGGGAGGGCGGGGCUCCCAGCAUCAUCACCACCGGCCAUCACUGCUUCAUUGUACGGGCUGCUGCUGAUGCUGAGAUCGUGGAUGAAAUCAAAUCUAAAGACCGCACCAUCUUUGCUUUGGAGAAGGAACUGGAGUCAACGGCGGGUUUCCUACAGAAGCUGCAGCUUCAAAAGGAUGCGCUGGAUGAACAGCUGUUCCUUGUCAAGGAGGCUGAGUGCGGCCUGGGAAGCCCGAAAAGAGAGAUUCCAGGCAGAGCUGGAGAUGGAGCUGAGCACUGUGGCAGCCCAGACCUGAGGAGAAACCAGAGGCGCAUUGCUGAACUCAACUCGACUAUACGCAAAUUAGAGGACCGCAACUCACUGCUGGUCGAUGAGAGGAAUGAACUGCUAAAGCGAGUUCGAGAGUCGGAGAAGCAUUGUAAGCCCCUGCUGGACAGGAACAAGCUGCUGAGUAAGAGGAAUGAUGAUUUGACUAUGACUAUUCAGAAGCUGGAGGAUAAACUCAAGAGCCUGGCCAAGGAGAACAUUGAGAUGAAGGAGAAGAUCAGCUCCCAUCCGAAAAUGACGAAGCCUAAGUCUCUGAAUGACCUGGACCAAGCCCAUGAUGACCAGGAAAUAGACUUUCUCAAGCUUCAAGUCCUGGAACAACAAAGCAUGAUUGACGAACUGACGAGAGACCGAGAAAAACUACUCAGAAAGAAACGGCAUAAAAGAAGUUCCAGGCCAAUAAAGAGGCACAUCGUAGUGGACACCUUCUUUGGGUAUGAUGAAGAGUCUAUGGACUCUGAGACGUCCUCAGUGGCUUCGUUCCGGAUGGAUAGAACUCCUGCUACUCCUGACGAAGACCUGGAUGUGGCUAUAUCCAAUGAGGAGUCAGAGCUGCGUUUCCGUCAGCUGACCAGGGAGUAUCAUGCCUUACAGCGAGCCUAUGCCCUGCUGCAGGAACAGAAAGGAGGCAUUCUGGAUGCUGAGAUGGAAGCAAAGGCUCAGGAGCAACUCCAAGCAGACGUUCUCAGGUAUAAAGCCAAAAUAGAGGACUUGGAGAAGGAACUGACUCUGAAGGGACAGGACUCCAGAUGGGUGGAGGAGAAGCAACUCUUCUUACGAAGGAAUCAGGAGCUACUGGAUAAGGUGGAAAAGAUGGACUCAGAGUGCAGUCGGCUGCAGCAGGAGCUGCAAGACUCCAAAGACCAGAAUGAACUGUUAGAGUUUAGGAUACUGGAGCUAGAGGAGCGUGAGAGGAAGUCCCCUCCAUUCAACCACCUGAGAAUGCAUCCCUUCUCUGAUGGAGUCAGUGCACUGCAGAUUUACUGUAUGAAGGAGGGGGUCAAGGAUGUGUGCAUACCAGAUCUCAUCAAACUUCUAGAUAUCCUGGGAGACAACGGGAACUUAAGAAAUGAGGAGCAAGUGGCCAUUAUACAGGCCAGCACCGUUUUGUCACUAGCAGAAAAGUGGAUUCAGCAGAUUGAGGGGACAGAGGCAGCGUUGCACCAGAAGAUGGUGGACCUGGAGGUAGAGAUGGAGAUGUUCUGUAAACAGAAAGGAUAUCUAGAAGAGGAGCUGGACUACAGAAAACAAGCCCUGGACCAGGCCUACAUGCAAAUCCAGGAGUUGGAAGCAACUUUAUACAACGCCCUGCAGCAGGACAAGGUGAUAAAGUAUGGAGAGCCUCUGGAUGAGCUUCAAAAGGACGAGCUGCGGACGGCGGUGGAGAAGCUGAGGAGGCAGAUGCUAAGGAAAAGUCGAGAGUACGACUGCCAGAUCCUCCAGGAGAGGAUGGAACUGCUGCACCAGGCGCACCAGAGAAUUCGUGACCUUGAAGACAAAACAGAAAUUCAGAGGCGGCAGAUUAAAGACCUGGAGGAAAAGGUGGAGUGUCAGCUUGGAGAUCUUGUUUGUGACUGCAGUGUUAUUUAUUUUCUGGACAAGUGUGGAACAAUGCGUGUAGCAGUGGCUGCUAGUGUCAUAACAUCAGUGACUGCUGUCAGUAUAGGUGGAUGUGUCGUGUGUUGGCCGUGAACGUUCACACUUGAUUCCUUUGUGUUUUUAAUGGGGGAUGGGGUUCUCAGGAUGCUGCCCAGGAUUACGUUUUUUUUAGAGCGGUGUUGGACAGUAAAAUCUCUCCAAACUGCUGGGAGUACUAUAAAAGACUGCAAGAACGACACACAAUUUGAGAGACACACACACACACACAAACUACAUACAUACAGUUUACUGACACGCAUGCAUGCAGAUGCAAACACAUACACACACACACACACUCACAUGCUUUGACAAAUCCAAACCAAAGCCUGGGAAAUGUUCUCUCUGCCAUGCAGGGUAAUAAUAUGUCAUCCACCACAAUUUAGCCACAGUGGGAAUAUAAACAGACAGAAAAACCCAUAGACAACGAGGCGAACACACCCACCAGACCACAACUUGUCUUCUUUUUCUCUUUUUUCCUUUCCUUUCCAAACCUGAAAGGACGUUCAUCAUGAACGCAACCUCUUGGUGAACAGAAGCGAGCCAACUCAGGGCCCAUGAGUGCAGAGGCCGUUUCAGGUCAGAUUAGAACAAGGAACACCUGGGACAUGGUGUGUCACCGACUGGCCUGCCCUCGCUGUUCCCAGAAUGGUGCUUACACAUACCUAAAAAGGGGACAGAACUAACACUGCAGAGACUGGUGUGUACAGACACUAAAGGGGGAUACAGGACACUCAGGUUGACACGUCUUCACCGGACACACAUAACAGACUUCAGUGAAGAAAAAAAGAGAAAGGGGGGGGAAUGCCACUCUCUGAUCCAGCUCUAUGCAAACUGGAUCUCCACAAAAAAAAAAACCCUAUGGAUUGUCAAAACGCUCCUUAAUUUGUCUUAAAAACCAGCAGACUGUAAGAGCUUUACUCUCUGGUUAUCUUUUUUUCUCCUUUUCUUUUUUACAACUCCCACCACUCAGAUACUGUGUCCCAAGAUUUCCACUGAGAAACAACAUCCCUAUUCUGUAAUGUAAUAUAUACAUUUGUUGAUAUGUACAUGUGACUGAAUUAUUUCAUGUAGUCUCCCCUUUUAUUUCUGUGAAUAUUUGCACUUUUAAUUUACUCUCUGAAGCAGCUUGAACAGUUGAUGUACUUGGCAGUUUAUAAAUGGCUCCAAAGGGUAAAAAUUGCUCUGUUUUAUUGUGGUGACGGCUGCAAAGAAGAAUUUUAUUUCCUUAAAAAUUAUAACUGAAACUCGUUGGAAUAUGAAUGUGGAAUAAUGGAAU